AUGCCGGGUCUUCACGUGGUCGGCUACUCCUUUAUCUUCUACGUGGCCAGUCCCCUCGGUGCCUAUAUCAGUGCAUCGACGGGACAGUGGAUGAUGUUAUACUGUGUUUUGCUCUACAAAUUCGUUAUCAUGGUCUGGUUCACUAUUCAAAUCCAUCACACACUGAAAUACGCCCAGAUGAGUGCGAAGACGAAGAGACUACAAAUGGAUCUCCUACAUGCGCUAAUAGCACAGACCGCUUGCCCAUUCGUGAUGGAGGGGACCCCGUGUCUCACCGUCCAUGUUCUCGCCUUCUUCUCCAUUCACAUCAGUGAUUGGUGUAGCUUUUUCUUCAUCCCGGUUGAUCUCUAUCCCUUAAUGGAUGCAUUAACAAUGAUCUAUUUUAUUCGGGAUUAUCGACGAGUUGUCAUCAACAAUUUAAAAAAGAUGAAACUCGACUUAUCACAAGGAACUCAACCAAAAAACACGGGCACUGUCGAGAAUUUGACUGGGAGCACGAAUGUGAAAACGGUUCGGACCACCCAAACUCAUGAAGCCACGGACAGAACGGAAAAGGACGGUCCAUCGAAUUCAUCAAACUUUAUA